UCGUCAGUGUUGCACUCUCCGGUGUGACGGUGUUGAUGAACUUCAUAUUUCUGUCAUGUCGAACUUUACCAAAGAUUAUUUACCGGGUUAUAAUCUCGGUUGAGGUGUCGUUAGCUGGCCGGUACCGGUGCUGUGACUUUAGCGUGUAGCUAAAGUUAGCCCCGGUGUGAGAAGUUAAAGGCCCACACUCAGAGUGGGAGAGACGAGCUCCUGAGAGGAGAUGUGUGUCAGGUUCAGGGGCCGGUGGGGGCAGCCGACAGCUUGGAGCUAAACACGGUAUCACUUCACAGAGCAGCCGGUGGUCAGAUGGCUCUACUGCACUGUUAGCUCGCCUGGCUCUGUAUGUCUGUCAGCAUGGGGGACAACAACGGCGUGAACGGGGACCUGAACGCCAACUCGAGGUGCCAGAGCACCGGCGACCCGCAGCUGGACAAGGCGGUGCACCAGUGGUUGACCUGGGACAAGAACCGGCGGACUCGGGCUCAGGUGGAGUCUCUGGUGGCGGCGGGUCGUCUGGAGGACCUGAGGAAGAGGCUGUGCAGCAGGAUGAGCUUCGGCACGGCCGGACUGAGAGCGCCGAUGGGAGCUGGAUUCAACCGGAUCAACGACCUCACUGUCAUCCAGUCCACACAGGGUCUGUACUCGUACCUGUGCAGAUACUUUGCAGACUUCAGCAGCAGAGGAGUGGUUGUUGGCUUCGACACCAGAGGACAGGAGGACAGCGGCUGCAGCAGCCACAGGUUGGCAAAGUUGACUGCCACUGUGAUGCUCAGCAGAGACGUUCCCGUUCAUCUUUUCUCCACAUUCGUCCCAACGCCGUACGUGCCGUACGCUGUGAAGAAGCUCGAUGCCGCAGCCGGAGUGAUGAUCACCGCCUCGCACAAUCCUAAAGAAGACAACGGGUACAAGGUGUACUGGUGUAACGGCGCUCAGAUCUCCUCGCCUCACGACAAACAGAUCCUGCAGAAUAUCGAGGAGCAGCUGGAGCCCUGGAGCGCCUCCUGCUGGGACGAGGAGCUGGUGGAGAGCAGCUCCCUGAGAACAGACCCCCUGACUCAGAUCAACAGCUGCUACAUGGAGGAGCUCUCCUCCCUCUGCUUCCACAGGGAUCUGAACAGAAGCUGCCCAUUGAAGUUUGUCCACUCGUCAUUCCACGGUGUCGGACAUGUCUUCGUCCAGCAGGCCUUCCAUGCUUUUGGUCUCCCUCCGCCGAUCCCCGUCCCUGAGCAGAAAGACCCCGACCCCAACUUCUCGUCUGUCCGCUGCCCCAACCCCGAGGAGGGAGAGUCUGUCCUGGAGCUUUCCCUUCGUCUGGCAGAGCGGGAAAAUGCUUGCAUCGUCCUGGCGACGGAUCCUGAUGCUGACCGAUUGGCUGUUGCAGAGAAGUCUGACAGGUGUGGUUGGAAAGUGUUCACAGGUAACGAGCUGGCAGCUCUGCUGGGUUGGUGGAUGUUCUUUAACUGGAAGGAGGCUCAUCCGGAUCCUGCAGACACCCAGAAGGUUUACAUGAUGGCCACCACAGUGUCCUCCAAGAUCCUGCAGGCCUUCGCUCGCAUCGAGGGGUUCCACUUCGAGGAAACUCUUCCUGGGUUUAAGUGGAUCGGGAACAGAAUACACGAACUCACCAAAACAGGAAACAGCGUCAUAUUCGCCUUCGAGGAGUCGAUUGGUUUCCUGUGCGGCAGUAUGGUUCCUGAGAAAGACGGCGUGAGCUCGGCGGCGGUCGUGGCUGAAAUGGCUGCUUACCUCCACAACAAGAACCUGAGUCUGAACCAACAGCUGCACAACAUCUACCAGACGUACGGUCAUCACGUGUCUAAGACGUCGUACGUGAUCUGUAACGACCCGCCCACCAUCCAGAAGAUCUUCAGCCGCAUCAGAAACUUUGACGGCGAAGCGUCGUACCCAAAGACGUGCGGCGGCGUCCCAAUCGUCCACAUCAGAGACGUCACCACGGGAUACGACAGCAGCCGGCCCGACCUCAGAUCAGUUCUUCCUGUGACGAGGAGCAGUCACAUGAUCACCUUCACACUCCAGAACGGCGUCGUGGCGACGCUGAGAACCAGCGGCACCGAACCCAAAAUCAAAUACUACACGGAGUACUGCGCCGCCCCGGGGAACAGCGAGGCGUCCAGUCUGGAGGAGGAGCUCAGGAAGACCACUGCCGCCCUGCUGGACGAGUUCCUGGAGCCCGAGAGGAACAACCUGAUUCGCCGCUGCGUCUAGCCCCGCCUCCCCCUCCCAUCAGCUGUUUUCCUGUUGGUGAUGAUGUCACAUCCUGUCGUGUCUGUAGACGAAUCAGAGCGGCUGCUGCUUCUCUCUGUGGUGUCGACAAAGUUCAGUUUAGACAAAAAUACGAACUGAUUCAUUAAAAAAUACGUUUCAGGUCUGAACUGUGGUACUCUGUGUCCUCCAUACGGCAGAGAGCAUGAUGGGUAACGGAGUCCAACUGUUGAUUCUGAUUGGUCAUCAGGUCAGAGGACACAUUACAGUAUUUUCAUAGAAACAAAGUCACAGAUGAAGUGUGUUGAACCAAAUAUUUGUUUUCACAGACCUGAACUGUAAACACUUGAAAUAAAUACGGAGGUUCAUUCAUGACAGAAUCACAGAGCAGAAAACAAAUUCAAAACUAUCAGGUUUCUGUACGGUGGCCUGUUGCUGUCAAUAUUUAAAAGGUUUUAUUGUUUUUUCAUGAUGAGAUCAAUUCCUCAUUAUUACCAAGAAUCAAAUAUUUGCUUUCAAAGAUCUGAACCUUAAAAACUUGAAAUGAAUAUGGAAGUUUAUGACAAAACAACAAAUUCAAAGUACGUCAUUAACAGGUUUCUUUACGACGGCCUGUUGCUGUCACCAUCACAUACAUAUAGUUCUAUAUUUCAUUAUAACAAAAUAAUUUACCUCAUCAUAAUUAGAAACCAAAUAUUUGUUUUCAAAGAUCUGAACUACAAAGACUUGAAAUACAUAUGGAAGUUCAUUCAGGACAAAACCACAGAGAGCAGAAAACAAAUCACUGUGAGGGAAAUAUAGUUUUAAUUGUUUUGUUUUAAAAAGAAAAUUUCCUCAUUAUUACUAAAAAACCAAAUGUUUAAUGUCGUUCACUUUAUUUUGUUUCAUCAGGAAACUCUCGUUGUUACAAAGAAUGUGAAAUAAAAUAAAUUAUGUUGUAUUUAUAUUUACAUUCACUGUUUAAAUGUUUCUUCUUGUAAUCAAAUAUUCAGAUUUUGUGUAAUGAGAAUAUUUUGGGAUGUGACCAGAUAAAGUUUUUUGGUUCUUGUUUCGCAGUUUGAA